AAAUUUUGAAAAAAUAGAAGAAGUUUACGUCAAAUUAUUUUUCAUUUACAUAUUGGUCUAUUUUUAAAUGUAUACCAUUUAUAUACAAACAGAUAAGAUAUCAAAACUAAAUGGUUUUUAAUAAAAUCGUUUUAUUAUUAGUUUUACUAUUUAUAACAAGUUGAAAAAAUGGGUGCAACAAGCUCUCAUUUUCACGACACAUUUUCUCAAAUGCUCAGUGACGAUUCAAUAAAUACGCUUCUGUCAGACGAAAUAAACAAAUUAACUUACGACGAUUUUUUAAAUUUAGUUAGAGAGAUAAAUGAACUAUCAAAAAAAUGUUUAGAUAAAAACGGUAAUCAAUUAAUAUUCGCCGUAAAAAACGUUAACGAUUCAACUAUAUUUUGGAAAGCUACGAUACAAAUUGCUUGCGUUAAAAUAGACCCGGAAGAUCAAAAAAUAAUUACAUUUAGGCUGUUAUCCCUUAACCAAUUUAUAAAGGUUUUUAAGACGUUAAAGUGCCAAACUAUAGCCGUAGAGCAAUGUGAAAACUACGACACUAAGGACGAUGUUGAUAGCAUCAGUAUAUCUGGUAUUAUAGAAAGGUUAUCAGAAUCAAGUACGGAAAGUCAAACUAUAUGCUGCAUUUGUUUCGAAAGGAAACAGGAAGUAUUAUUACCCUGUGCGCAUAGUUACUGCUUAAGUUGUAUAGAAGAAUGGAACGAGACUCACGAUACUUGUCCUAUUUGCAGAGAAAAAUUAGACAGUACAGACGAUACUUGGGUAUUAUCAGAUGUACCAAAAGCAGAAGAAAUAAGCAAAGAAAUUAGGGAUAACUUAUUAAAUUUGACGAAUAAAGAUGGACAUUCUUGUACACCUUUUUAAUAUAUAACUUUAUAGAUAACGAGGGAAUUGUAGGGUGUUUUUAAUUGAAAAAAACACUGGCUUGUUUAUGAAAAUUUUCCUUUCAAAAACAGAUUUUCUUUCAUUUCUUGCUGUUCAUAAGACUUGACUAUAUGUACCCUCUUUACUAAUACAUUUCGUCAUUAAGAAAAGUUUCCAAAUAAUCACAAUUUUCAUAUUUUUUCAAUAUUUUCUUGCUGGGCUAGAAUUUUCAAAAUACUAAAUACUAGUAUCGAUUUUCACCUGUAUUAUCUGAAUAAGAUGGUGGAGAAAAAUUUUCAAUGUGCAAUUAUAUCUAUAAGAAUCGAAAUAUUGUUUUUUAUCGACUUGGGAGAUUCAAAACUUUAAUUGCUAAUUCUUAUUAAGUAUUUCGUGUAGUGUAAAACCCUUGUGGAAAUUGGAAACCUACAAUGUUCCGCUUUAUUGUAUAAUAUACUAUAAUGUUACAGUUUUAUAUUUAAAUCUAGAAAAUAUAUUACAAAUAUGUGAAAGAAUAAAAAGUA